AUGACAUAUCAUUUGUGUAGUAAAUAUUCCUUAAUUGUAAAUGAAUCAACACUCAACAGAUGUCUCAGUAUCAAAAUAUAUGGCAUACUGUAUUCGUUAUUUAGUAAGUCAAUGCAAAUUAUAACUAAUGAAUUUCUUGGCUUGGUUAUGGUUGAACGUGCUUCCGCAGAUGCUUUAUCCGAUUUAACUCUACAAUUUUUGAAAGAAAUAAAUCUUAACCACAAAAAUAUAAUUGGCCUUGAAGUGGAUGGAGCUAGUAGCUUGUUUGGCCGUAACCAUUCAAUUUAUACCUUAUUGCGUGAAGUGUCUCCUAACUUGCAAUUAAUAAAAUGUGUAUGUCAUUCACUAAAUACGUGUUCAUUUAAAGCUUCUAAUGUUUUGUCAACUCACUUAGAAUUUAUGCUUUCGUGA